AGAAUGAUUUUAUGUUUGAUCUCCAAGCUAAUUCUAGCAUAGAUUUAAAGCGGAAGAUGAAAAUCAAGGUUGAAAAUGAAAAGGCUUUAAAAGACAACACAAUAAAUCAAGGAAGCAAUCAUAUAAACACCAAUGUUGGAAACUUUCAAAAGUUGGACCAUCGAAAGCAAUCAAAAGUAGAAGUCUCUAAGAAAAUGGUUGAGUUGAGCAAAGUGUCUGUUCAGAAAAAUAAUAAGAAUCGGUUGGAAGUAGAAGCCUCUAAGAAAACUAUUGAAUCGAGCAAAUCAGAAGUAGAAGUUUCUUAUAGAGUUGCCAAGCUGAGCAAAGUGCAUGUUCUAAGUAAUAACAAGAGACAACUAGAAGUAGGAGCCAUAAAGGAGAAUAAUAACAAGAGGCAACUAGAAGUAGAAGCCACAAAGACGAGCAAAGAGCAUGUUCUGAACAAUAAUACAAAGAAGAAAUUGAAGUCUACGGUGGAUCAUCAAGUUAAAGGUUCGAUUGAAUCACGAGUCUCAAAGAACACCAAUGAGCAAACCAAAGAGAUUCUGCAAGGCCUCAACAACACUAUGAACAAGUCCCGUCAAGCCUUUGAGAAGAAAAAAAAGUAUUCCAAAGUGUCCAGCCAUGCCACUUAAUGAAUAUCUCGAUAAAAAUAAGGGACAAAAUGGAGUAGAGGAAUUUGACGAUGAAGACAUAGAAGAAAAUGAAAUGGAAGAAUAUAUGGAGAAUGGUAGCAACCAUGAUGGUGAGGAAGUUGAGGGAACAAAUGUAAAUAAAGCUGAAGGUAAUACAUUAGGUGCUUCAUCCUCGGGAUUAAUAAAAAAACGAGGAAAGACUUAAUGUCGGAAGAUUCAUGCACGGGAAUUCAAAGAUAGACAAGAGAUCACCUUGAAUGAAGAAGGACAACCAAUUGGGCCAGAUGACAAGACAAUGUCUGAACUCAGUAGUUUUUUGGGGACACUAGUUGGAUUGCUUUGGGCAAAUAUUGGGAGGAAUGCAAAAUAGAUCCUGUGUGGGAUUUUGUCAAUGAAAAAUACAUUAUCCCAAAGGAAGGAAGGAAAGCUGUAAUUGCUAUUGUAAAUGAUGCUUGGAGGCGAUACAAAUGCUUGCUUAAAAAGAACCAUUUUAGUAAGUAUAAAACCAUGCGCGAGCAGCUAAAGAACCGUCCACAAGAAGUACCAGAAGAAGAUUUUAAAAAGCUUUUGGAGUAUUGGAGAGAUGAAAACACUAAAGAAGUAAGUCAUCAAAAUGCCCAAAAUAUAGUUCAAUUGAAAUGGAGACAUCGAAUGGGGAAUAAAGGCUUUGCUGUUAUAAGAGAAAAAAUGCGUGAAAGUAAUGAAGAUAAAGAACCUCCGACUCAAGCUGAAAUGUUCAUUGCUACUCGACAAAGUAGAAAAAGAAAGGAGUUGGAUCAAGAAACCAACCAUGCAAUUACAAAGCUUCAAGACUUGAUUGAAAAUCAUGGAAAAACUUCUUCAGAAGCUUUUGAAAGCGUAUUAGGCAAACAAAAACCUGGGAGAAUGCGUUGCUACGGAAGAACCACAACACCGACUCUCUUGAAAAGAAAUGAAGAAAUUGCAAGACUUAAAAGAGAGCAUCCUGCUGAGGUUAGACAAUUUAAUGAUAGGAUACAGGAGAUGGAGGAGAAACGUCGUCAAGACAAAGAGGAAACAGAUAGAAAAAUUCAGCUUCUUCUUAAGACCGUUUUGAAUCAAAAUACCUCAGUUGAAUAUAGAUGCCCUGGCAGCUUUGAUAUCAACUCCUGCAACCGAUGCUAAUAGUGUCUUACGUUCUUCUACAUCAACACAUGCUCCAACUAAUG